AUGGAUGAUGAAGAAAGCUUUGAACCUGACUAUUUGGAAGAUGAUGUCAAAUGUGAACAAAUUCCACUUUCUGUAAAUUUUGAGAAUGCAGAGGAUUCUAAAAAAAAUAAUUCUAUAAUAAAUUCUGACCUAAAUUUACAAGCUAGCAGCAUUUGUGAUAACGAAUUACAUGACACCGACAUUAAACAGUCAUGUGAUAAAAAUGUAGGAGAUAUUAAGGUUGUAAAUGAGGUUGGAAACGUCACAAAAGAUGAUGAGAGUGAAGACUCGAGUGAUGACAAUUCAAAUUCUCAGCUGGAAGGAGAUGGGUCAUUAUGCGAGGACUUGUUAGCAAGAAGUGAUGAUGACGACGACGGUGAAGACGAACAUGACAUAUCAGGUCCCGAAAAGUUAUCAGAUGAAAAGAAAUUUGUGAUAUACAGUGAUGUGAACGAUAUGUUCAACCCAGAGACUGAGAUCAUAUCACUUGAUGUUACAGAGGAGGAAGUCUUGUUGCUAGACACAUUCGUCAAUAAUCCUGAAUGUGAAAGCGACAAAAAAAUUGAGGACGAUAAAAUAUUUUUUGCAAUGUUUGAAAAUGAAAUGAAGCCCUUCAUGCAGAUAGCACCGGGAUUAAAGGAAUUAGCAAAGCAACAAAAGUAUGAGAAGAUAUUACGUUGUUUGGACUGUUACUGUCAAAAAAGAAAAGACGUUUUUGAUACACUCUGCAACACUACAGCUAGUCUAUUGGAUGAUCCUGCCACAUGCUACAGAAUCCUGGUUGAACAGAUCUCUGGUGGUUUGUGCUCAUCUUGCAUAAAGAACUGUUUGCCUGUAAUAGGGGCACGACUAGUUCUCAAUUGCUGCUUAAAUAAUAAAUCGCUUGUGGGAUUGACAAUCCUCAAAAUCAUGCUCAAUGAGAAAAUAUAUUUUCAUAAUGUCAACUCAAAAUUUUUCACUAUACCCAAUGUGAUUAAAGCUGUCAUAGAGGCAUGCUUCAAUCAAAAAAAAUAUGGCCUGAUUAUUCAAAUGGUGAAAAGUUUUGAUUAUUUUUCAUGCCUCCCAUCAUCCAAGGUAAAGGACAAUCCAUUUCCUGUGCUCUCUUAUCAGCAACUUCUAAAUCUGAAUGUGGUCUUCCAAUAUGCUUCACAUCACAUAAUGUCUGUUAAUUCGCUGGAUGAUCAGCCGACAGAGUUUUAUAGCUUGGUGACUCUCUGCCUUGAUGUUCUUCAACUUUUUCUCGAAUCUAAAUGUUCAAAUUUUAGUUCCAGAUGUUGGCUAUUAGUAAAAGCCUCUUUAGCAGGCAACAUGUUCGUCAACAUAAGAAAAAUUUUUGAAUUGUGUCUCAGUCACAAAGGACUAAUUAAUUGGAAUUUAGUGCAAUAUCAAAAUGUUAUUUCAUUUUUACUGAACUACUACCUGAAACAUGCAGACUUUUACGAUUGCAGCAUUAUGUUGUUGGAAUUAUUAUAUAAAGAUGGCGUCAUCCAUAAAUUUCAGGAGUUCAACCUGAAGGAUGAAGAACAUGUUGUAUCCAUCAACAAAGGAGCUUCUGAAAAGGAAAUAAUUUUCACGUUAACAGUAUAUAUAGAAUCCAUCAUUAGACAAUUUUUCUGUUUGAAAAGUGUAGAACAAGCUAAAUGGACAGUAAUUCUACAUGAUUCAGUGGAUGGAUCAUCACAAAAUUUAGAUGGUGAUGUCAAAUGCCUUGAAAAAGUUUUAAGCAAAUCAUUUUCUUAUUUGUCAUGGGAGAAGUUUAAUAAUUCCUACCUCAUAAAAAGCAUGUCAUCAUCAGAGAAAUUUUCGCAUGACUCAAAAAAAUAUCAAAGUUGUUCUAAAAACACAAAAGCCGUACAACCACAUUUAGAUCUAUAUUUUUCAAAACAUCCAGUGGAUAAAGUGGAAAGGACAUUUUCAUCAAGUGCAAGCAUGCCUUUUGGUUCCAAUCAAAAUUCCAAAGACACAUUGGUAGCAAAUGAAUUUCCAUUUAAUAGUUGCAGUGCCACUGCUUUUCAUAAUGCAAAACAUUUGAUGCCUUCUUGUUCUACUACUCCACUGCCAGUUCAUCCGAGAUUUAAAAACACAGUCAGAUCUCCUCCACAAGAAACUGUGCUCUUCAAAUGUCAUCCAAGGUUUCAGUCUUCUCAGAAUUGUUAG